GCUCUAAAAAUCAAAAUUUGUUUUCUUGUAAAGGCGAACAGACCCCGUAACCCUGAAGACGAACUCUAGGAUAUCCAAGUCACCCUGGGCAGCGUAGAAAUCUGAACCUCCGUCUGUAGCCUCAAGAGCCACAAGGUGUCCAAACUCGUCAAAAUUCCUGAUAUCAUUGUCGCCGCCUCAGGAACCCAGGCCAAUGUGACAAAUAUUACAAUUCAGUGUCGCUCUUGACCUAAAUGUCCCCUGGAUCCGUUCUUCAUGCUGCCAGAUAAAUGCAAGUGAGUUGAUUCCCAGAUUCUUAAACUCCAGGAUGCUCCGGACUCUGUUCCCCACGGAGAGAUGCCGAGGCACGUUCAACUCUUCCGUGAGAGGAGGAGGAGGAGGGUUAGGACGUGCUCUAGCUUCUCUCCUUAUAACCAGAGGUUCGGCAGUAUUUCUUUGUGAUAGGAGUUCUGAAGAUCUGGAGAAAGUAGUUGGAGACCUGAAAAGGGAGUUUCCUGAAGGAAAAGUUGGGCUUUCCCCGCUAGAUGUCAGAUCCCUACCUGGCUGGGAUAAAGCGUGGGAUGAAUGUGUUGACCAGCUUGGUUCACCAGCUGUAGUAAUAAAUAUAGCUGGGGUCAAGGGAGAGGAGGACUGGGAGCAAACUUAUGAUGUUAAUAUUAAAGGUGUGCACAACGGUAUCGUUACAAGCCACAAGUAUUUAUCCCGUGAAACCGGGGGGUCUGGGGGUAUUGUUGUUAAUAUCUCAUCAACAGCAGGGGUCACGUGUAUAGGUGACAUGUUUGCUACUCCUGCCUACACUGCUUCCAAACACGCCGUAUCUGCACUCACCAGAACAUUUGGGCACAAGUUCUGGUAUAACAGAACAGGUGUCUCUGUAAUCGCUGUGGCUCCGUUCUACAUAGAUACUCCGUUUAUCGGGGAAUGGAAGGAUUGGACUCCGGAUACAGAAGCACAGAAGGAACUAGAAAAAUCGGCGGCCGGUAAAAAAAUACUAAGUCCUGGUGAAGCUGCUCUAAAGAUUUUCAAUACUUUUCGAGCCGAGUCUGGUUCAAUCUGGUUACUGCGCUCUGGAAUGUUUCCUCCUUUUAAUAUACCAGACUAUAAACUUCCCCAGCCUAAAAUCCUGUGAUGACAGAAGCAAACUCCCAGUUCCGGAAAUAUUGUCAUAGCAUGAAGAACAAGUGCCAUUUUAUUUAUAUAUUUAUCUAGUUUUAUAUGUUAACUAUUGAAGCUUUAAAUAUAUACUAUACAUAACAA